AUGAAUUCGGAAAAGGAAAUGCUUACCCUUAUUCCCUCCACGUCCGGUACGCCCGAUGCGGUGCACGUAGUCUUCGAUUUGGUUGGGGAAAUCGAAAUUCACCACAAUUUUGACAUCGCGCACAUCCAGACCUCUGGAGGCGACGUCCGUUGCGACCAUGAUCGGGUGCUUGCCAUUCUUGAAUUCGUUGAGCACCCAGUUGCGCUCCUCUUGCUUCUUGUCACCGUGGAUGCUCAGAGCUGGCCAUCCGUCCAGCCUGAGCUCCCUGGUGAGCGAGUCUGCGGUCUUCUUCGUGUCAGCGAAGAUGAGCACCUUGGUACCAUCAGGGAUUUUAGCCAAAAUCUUCUUCAAUUGUGCGCGUUUCUCUUGUUCACCAAUGACAUAUACCUCUUGCGAUACGUUGUGGCAAGUCUUCAGGUCUAG